AUGCCUGGAACUUCGGGAGCGGCCUUUUACCAUUGCCGCUACUGCUGCCGUUGGAAGGUCCUCGGCGACUUCAGCUCGGAGCAACUCCUCUGGGCCGACGCGGUGCUCCCCGGCCGCGGCCGCGCCAGCCGUGACGGCCGGGGCCACCGGGCAGACCCGGUCUGCCGCAGCUGCGCCCACUUCGCCCUGAGCCUGGAGAACACCUCCACAGCGCUGGAGGAAGGGCAACGGAGCGUGUCCAGAGAGGUGAGAUAUGUAUUGAUAUUGACCUUCUGCGGGGAGUAUGAGGGAGUGCCGGAGUUCAAUGAAGACAUCUUGCGCUGCAUUCUCUCUUUCCUCACAGUCAGAGUAGCUCCCUUCGUGAGUGACCCGGGGGAUAGCUAUCGCUGUGUUGCCUGCCAGAGGGACUUUCAAAGCCUCGACAAUGUGAUGCAGCACUUGCGGACCUCUAAACGCCAUGCGCAAGUCGUACGAGAAGCCCUUGGCGACGGCCGUGCCGAAGGAAGUGCUGGAGGCUAUGUGGACGGCACAUGUCAUCCUGCGAGAAAAAAUAGCGAGGGAAGCAGCCAGCGAAUGCACGAGCCGAUUGCGUGCUGA